AUGAACGCCAAUCCGCAAUGGCCUGUGUCACCAAUUCAUCCUCGAAAAGAUCCCGAAUCCACCACUGUGUCUGUGAGAGUUGAAUGGCCAAGUAAAAAAUACGAAAGAAAACUGUCAAAGGAUCUCGAAUCUCUGGGGAAAAUGCUUGUGCGAGGAACAUAUAAGCAGAUAGCUCGCGCAGCGUGGAAGAGUGCCAGCCUAAAGAAACAACUCCAACUGUUAGUUUUAAAAGAAGUGGAUCGAGAGUGUACAAAUCUUUGUUCGAAGAAAAAUCCCAGUUGCCUAAGAAGCCCAACCAAAGAAGAUAUGUUGAAAUUUUCAAUCGAAGGCCUCAACAAAGAAUUGAAGGAAAGAGCACCAUUGGCAUUCUCUGUGCUAGUAGCCGCUUCUGUGAACACUCGAAGUAGAUCCAAGAAGAAUGCACGCCUAGGAGAAGAUUUCUGGUCGCCUGCUGUUGGUAUGGCUGCAGCAAUUUGCUUGAAAAAUAGGUCAAAGUAUAUGAAUGCAUUACAGCUACUGAUUACAAUAUUCAAUUAUCACUCAGGGUGGCAGGCUACUCUUGCACGGCUGGCUACACUACGAAUUAUGACAUCGCAUUCAUAUCUUUACAAGAAGCUGGAUGAAUAUGGAUCUGGGUAUCGUGACAAGAUUUUAAAAGCUGUUGACAACCAGUGUCAGUUCAUUAGAGAGAAUGAAGCAGAUACACAGCUAUCAUGCGACAUUGGACGAAAGAUAACCAUUGACAACUUUGACUACCGGCAGAAUGUACACCAUAUGACAGAACAGCACCAGAACAUUGAUGUUCACCUUGUUUCUGUGAUGUCAACAGAAAAUCGUGUUGGAGGCAUAGAGUUCAGUGAUGAGAAGAAUGGUCCUGCAAUUAUGAAGCUUGAGAAUGGGACAUUCAUACCAAGUGAUGGUGACCAUCAACUGCAUAGGUCGAAUUUUAUCACCUUGGUUGGUCGCAUACUUGUGGAUAGUAUACCAUGUCUGAAAUUCCUUGCUGAUGUUGUCACGUCCCAUAUUCAACAUAAAUACAGCUCAGAGAUGGCAAAGAAGACAGAUACUACAUUUAUGGGUCUCAUUUAUGAGAACGAAAAUGAUGCAGAUGGUAUCACUAACGUCAUCAAAGAAUUGCAUCAGUACGUGCCCCACGGUCUGAAUGAUGAUGAAACUGAUGGAAAGUAUGGUGAACAGGGGAUUGUUGGAGACCAGCUUACCGUGGAAAGAUUUGUCAACGCACAUUGCUCUCUGGCAAAUGGAUUUACAGAAAAGGAACAGUGCAAUGGCCUUCAUCCUGAGAUAGCAGAUUGGCAUUCUGGUAAUAGAUUCUUACAGUUAGCAUUCCAGAACCUGUACAGCCCAUCAUCAAAUUUUGACAAGUGCACAAUGUAUGCUGACCGUACUUUAAUCAACCGACGAAAUGUGAAAAGUGAAGUAUCUUCUGCUGCAAAUCCUUGCCGACAGUUUUUUACCUUGGAGGUAAAAGCUCGUGUCAUUGCUGCUGGGUUGACAGUGUUGAAAAUGGAUAAAUUAGAAGACGAACCUGCCAAGGAUUUGUCCUUCUCUGGCGAUAAUUCCUCGAAAGUUGAGAAGACGAAUUAUCUCAAAUCCAUCUCUGCAAAGGUUGUUGAUGAAUUUAUCAUUGAUGGAAGAAAGAAUGAAAGAAUCCUCCAGUGUAUGGAUAACAUCGAUCUUUGCGAGAAAGCUAAAGAGUUGUCACUGGAUGACAAUAAUAGAUACCGAUGUAGAUAUGAAGGUUGUUCAAAAACAUUUGCGCAAUAUGGCAAGAGAAUGAAGGACCACGAGGCGAAACAUGAUCCACCUAUAUUGGAGGAGGUGAAGCAGUCAGUAACUGUGGAUACCACAUCCGAUGAAGACCAAGAUGACAUGUUUUCCUAUCAGAAAGCAUUACUGGAGUAUGGCAUGCUCAUCUUGAACUUUUGGGAUGCCAUUUCUGAAGGGGAUGGUGAGCGUAUCAUGAGAUGCUGGCGGUUUUUUCUACUGUACUUAAGAACAGAAGGUCAAUCAGCUGCAAAAUACUCGCUUGAGGGUUUAUACCUUAUGUGCCAAGCUAAUGCUCUUUUAAGUCAACAAGCAGCUCACAGAUUGAUAUGGAACCGGUCGGUGAAGAACAAAGAUGGGCCUGGUGGCAACAUACCUCUUGACCUCCAACUUGAGUUUUUCAACCGAAUCAUGAAAGCAGCAGUUAAGAAUCUUGGGCCAAAUGCUUCCAAAUCAUCACUCAACAGAAUUUCACAUUCCAUGGGUGUGACAAAUGUGUUGAUGAGGCAGUUCGAACAUGAACUUUCUGUUUACAGACGGUCUGGCAAACAUAUUACUACCUCGUCAAAUAAUGAUUUGCGAAAGGUUGUAAAAGAACUGCUGAGUGAGAGAGCAUUUCAUGUUACUCCCGGGAGAAAAUACCACCACUUUAAGAACAUGAAGCAAAGUUUAUUGCAUGGUUUAGACUUGCAAAAGCUAUUUAGCUGGAUUAAUGAACACAAGAAAAACCUUGUUUUACAUAGAAGAGCUAGAUAGCUGUGGUUAAAACUGUAGUUUGGUUCUAUGUUAUAUUCCAUGCACUGUACAUAUUCUAAGCCUAGUUUACAUGCACACUUGAUUACACUAAGAGUCCAGUAGCAAGGUGGCCUGACAACCUGAUUAUGCUAUGCAAAUUUCAAAUCAUUAUUAUCUCUUUAGAAACGUCUAAAACGUAUUUGAACACGAGAAUGUUUGCAUAGCAUGACCAAAUUGUCUGGCUACCACUGCUGAAAUCCAAUGAUUUUAACAUUGGAACAAUUUACUAUAUUUUAGUGAGGCAUACGCUCUCAUUUGAGGGUUUAUCAUUCUAAAUACAACUCUAAAUUAGUUAAGUAAGUUCUGAAACAAGCCGCUGUUACCAGAAUAGUUUGAGUCCAUCUCAGACAUCUCAGUGUCACCAAGUGUCGUGUCUGCAAUUGUGUUAUCAACACUAUCAAACAUGUGGUUAAAUGAAGAGUCGUUCCUGAGUUCAUUCCAU